AUGGAUGGCGAGAAUAUGGUAAACAGAACACUCGCAUUCCGUCGCGAUUGCGCAAACACUAACCAGAGCCCUGGGCAGACUCAACCGCGAGCGUCGACUCGGUCGCGCAUUCCACAAGUCGGUGGUCUACGAGAGAUGAAUCCUGCGACAGCCAACUCCCGUUCGGGUCUAAUGCAACCCGGAACGAUCGUUAACAAGACCAUGUCACGUAUGGAGGAUCAAGAUUCAACAGAUGAUAAAUAUGCUGACAGGUCGCCCAUAGCUACUCGAUCCAGGGCUCUCACCUCCCCGGAUCCCAAGAAACAGCCUCCCACCGCUCGUCCAGCCUCGUCUUCGAAGGCGCAUGCGCGCGGAAACUCCCUUGCAUCAUCAACCAUGACUCGAUCGGGAUCCACAAACACUCGCUCAACGAACCCCAAUUUCUCGGCCACCGUUGGGUCCAAUGCGCGCCCCCCGUCUGCGAUGCCUCGGCCCCAAACAUCCUUCAGCGGCCGAAGACUCAACAGCUCCAUUCAGCGCCCCACGACUUCGCUAGAUACCCACGUCGAGGAUGGCGCCGGAAGUGUCCUUGGAAAACGAAAGGGUAUGCUACCUGUUCCUUCUCUUUUGUCUAGUUCUUCAUCUGCUUCGCGUUCUUUCCCUGGCCCCCUUGCAUCUCCCAGCGAUCCUGAUAAAUAUGAUUUGUACCAUGAUGCCCCGGAAUCCGGCUUGGAGCCCAAACCCAGUUCUGCGUUGCAAUUUGGAAUGCCUGUUUCUCGUUCUAUUGCCGCAGCCGCUUUUGCUACGGACCCCAGGAGUCUUCCGGUACCCAGUCCUGUCAAACCGGUUCAGCAAUGUCGAAAUUUCAAUCAUUCCCCUUCCAGGUCCCGUGGAACAUCAUCCGUUAGCCCCAGGAGAUCCCCCAAAAAGCCCCAUCAAGCAUUGUUUCUUUCGAAGGACUCUCAUCUAACAAAUUUUGAACACGAUCCAGAUACAGAAUGGAACCAAGAACUCCGCGAGAAGGAUAUGGAGGCUAUUAUGGAGAAACUCCUGUCGCGCGUCAACCAGCAGGGACAGCAGACCUCUAGUAUGAAAGAAACAGUCGACCUUUACAAAUCGAGAAUUCACGACCUCGAAGUCAAUCGCGAUAGCUUGAAAGAAGCUAAUUGUGAGCUGCAAGUUGAGCUGGGAUCCUUGAAGAAAGACUUGGGGCUUGCAGAGAAAGCCCUGCAUGAUGCGCGGCGAGAUCAAGAUAUUGCGAUGGAUGACCUGGAGGGUCGCCACCGCAUCGAAAUCGAGUCCAUCAGUCAAGAGAAUAAGAAGCAAAAAGAGAGCUUGAUGUAUCGGCACCAGGAAGAAUUUCGUGACUUGAAGCGUAAAUUUGAGGGCGAAGUCGAGGACGAAAAAGCCAAGCGGGUUCGAGAGCUUGGUAACUUAACAACGCAAUCUGCGAUGGAUGUCCAAAAAUCCCAGAUUGAGCUGAAUAAGAGGGAGCGUGAAAUCUCUAAUAUGCGAAACGAGCUUGAUGCUUUGAAAGUCGAUCUCGACCGCGAGCGCAAGACAGUCCACGAACUUCGACAAAACCUUGACACCGCCAAUUCUAAUGGCAUCACAUUGGAGUCAACAAUCCGAGCGCUCAAAGCGCGUAUUGAGUUCCUUGAAGGUGGACGUGAAGAACAAUCUGAAGCAUUUGAGCGAUGCAAUCAAGAAAUGAUGGAUGCAUUGGCUGAGACUGACGCUAUCAAAGAGAAGCUUCGUAGAGAAGAGACGCUUCGUCGUAAGCUUCACAAUCAAGUACAAGAGCUCAAAGGCAAUAUUCGCGUUUUUUGCCGUGUACGCCCAUCUCUCAACAGUGAGCCUGCCAACAUGAUCGCACCAAUGCAGUAUCCCGAUGAAUACGAGGACGCGAAGGAGAUCAAUGUCAUGGGGCCCGAAGAGAAGAGCAGUCUUGGUACAAUCACACGCAAAAAUAACACAUUCUCCUUUGAUCGCGUGUUUGGCCCCUCGACCCAAAAUGCUGAGGUAUUUGAUGAAAUCAGCCAGCUGGUUCAAAGUGCUUUGGAUGGUUACAAUGUUUGCAUCUUCUGUUAUGGUCAAACUGGCAGUGGUAAAACACACACCAUGUCUUCACAGGAUGGUAUGAUCCCACGUGCGGUCCAUCAAAUUUACCAGACUGCCCAGGGCCUGGAGGAAAAGGGCUGGCGUUACAAGAUGGAAGGCAACUUUGUCGAAGUUUACAACGAAAACUUGAACGAUCUACUUGGAAGCCCAGAUGAAUUGGAUAAGAAGAAGCAUGAUAUCCGCCAUGACAUGCAGCGCGGAAAGACCAUAAUCACCGAUAUCACUACUGUGCAGCUGGACUCACCCGAGAUGGUUGAGUCUAUUCUCAGUAGUGCGGAUGCCAACCGCUCCGUGGCUGCAACGAAAGCCAACGAGCGCUCGUCUCGAUCGCAUUCGGUCUUCAUUCUGAAGCUGACUGGCGAGAACCACAUCACUGGGGAACGGAGUGAGGGCACUCUCAACCUAGUUGAUCUGGCUGGCAGUGAACGAUUAAGCCACAGCGGGGCUACUGGCGAACGCCUCAAGGAGACUCAGAACAUCAACCGCAGUCUCAGCUCUCUUGGUGAUGUGAUUUCUGCUCUUGGACAGGGCAAGGACGGUGGCCAUAUCCCCUAUCGUAACAGCAAGCUUACAUAUCUUCUGCAAUUUUCAUUGGGCGGAAACUCCAAAACGCUGAUGUUUGUCAUGGCAAGUCCGCUAAAGGCGCAUUUGUCGGAGACUUUGACAAGCUUGAAGUUUGCCACCAAGGUCCACAACACCCACAUUGGCACAGCUAAGCGUCAAUCGCGGGUUCGCGACUCUUGA